AUGCGGCCCCCCACGGCUCGGGACCUGCCCCAAGGCGGGCGCCUGGCGGCCCUGCUGCUGGCGGCGCUGGCGUGGGUGCCCAGUGGGGCGCCCGCCUGCCCCGCGCUCUGCACCUGCUACGUCUCGCCGCCCACCGUCAGCUGCCAGGCCAACAACUUCUCCUCGGUGCCCGCGGGGCUCCCGCCCGGUGCCCGCCGCCUCUUCCUGCAGAACAACGUCAUCGGGGCGCUGCGGGCGGGCACCUUCGGGCCCAGCACCGUCACCCUCUGGCUCUACUCCAACAACAUCUCCUCCAUCCAGCCGGGCACCUUCCGCCACCUGCCCGCCCUGGAGGAGCUCGACCUGGGUGACAACCCCCACCUCCGCGUCCUGGCCCCCGACACCUUCCACGGCCUCCGGCGCCUCCAGGCCCUGCACCUCUACCGGUGCCAGCUGGCCAGCCUGCCCAGCGCCAUCUUCCGCGGCCUCCACAGCCUCCAGUACCUCUACCUGCAGGAGAACGGGCUGCUCUACCUCCAGGACGACCUCUUCGCCGACCUGGCCAACCUGAGCCACCUCUUCCUACACGGGAACCGGGUGCGGGCGCUAUCGGAGGGCGUCUUCCGAGGCUUGCCCAGCCUGGACCGCCUGCUGCUGCACGCCAACCGCCUGGUCGCCAUCCACCGCCGCGCCUUCCGGGGCCUGGCCCGCCUCACCAUCCUCUACCUGUUCAACAACAGCCUGGCGGCGCUGCCCGGGGACCCGCUGGCCGCCCUGCCCGCCCUCCAGUUCCUGCGCCUCAACGCCAACCCCUGGGCCUGCGACUGCCGCGCUCGCCCGCUCUGGGCUUGGUUCCGGCGCACCCGCGUCUCCAGCUCCCCCGUGCCCUGCGCCAGCCCCCCAUACCGCCGCGGCACCGACCUGCGACACCUCCGCCCGCGCGACUUCGACGCCUGCCCCGAGGAUGAGGAGGAAGAGGAGAAAGAGGAGGAGGAAGAUGGCGGCGGCGGCGGUGGCGUUGGGGUGGCGGUGAUGGGCACCCCUGGGCGAGCGCUGGGUCGCCCCGGCACCCUCCCGGCCGCGCCGCCCUCCGCCUUCUUCUACCGCGACGGCCUGCCCCCCCACGACCUGCGGGGACCGCAGCCCCGGCCGCCCCCCCCUUCCCGCGACUCCCGCGGCCCCCCCAGGGAUGCCCGCUGCCCCCAGGCACCCUGCGACCCCACGGCCGCCGCUGCCCCCCGCCAGCCCCACGUCCUCCUGCCCCUCCUGGGUCUGCUCCUGCCCCGGCUCUGA